AUGGCCGACGACGCAGCGAGCGUGCGGCAACGCAAGCGCGUCGAAGAAGUCGACUCGGACGGCAACGCCAUUGACGAGGACGCACCGGCUGUCACGACAGGAGAGAAGAAGAGCAAAAAGUCCAAAAAGGACAAGACGUACACGGACGAGUACAGCCCCUACCUCGACAUCCUCCGCCUCCUCAGCUUCUUCUUCCUCGCCUCGUGCGCCCUGAGCUACCUCCAGAGCGGCGGCGAGAGCUUCUUCUGGGGCCAGAAGAAUAAGCCAUGGUACAUGAAGCCUAGCUACUGGAAGGCCAAAUGGAACGGCCCCCUCUACCUAACCCCCGAAGAACUCCUCCAAUACGACGGCUCCGACCCCUCCAAACCAAUCUACCUCGCCAUCAACCACACAAUCUUUGACGUCUCCGCCAACCCGCGCAUCUACGGCCCGGGCGGCUCCUACAACGUCUUUGCAGGCCGCGACGCCUCCCGCGGCUUCGUCACGGGCUGCUUCGUCGAGGACCGCACCCCCGACAUGCGCGGCGUAGAAGACAUGUUUUUGCCGUUGGACGACCCCGAAGUCGACCGCCACUGGUCGUACGCCGAUAUGCAAGCCCUCCAGGUCGAGGAGCGCGCGGCGGCGGAGAAGAAGGUGCACGAUGCGCUGAAGCACUGGGUUGAUUUCUUUAGCAAGAGCGAUAAGUAUGGCGAGGUGGGGCGGGUGAAGAGGGAGGAUGGGUGGUUGGAGAAGGAGAAGAGGAGGCUGCUUUGUGAGCAGGCGCAGAAGGGGAGGGUGAAGAGGGUUGUUCCUGGACAGGAGAAGAAUUAA